AUGGAAACCAUUUCUCGAGAAACGCACGUAGCAAUGGAAACCAUUUCUCGAGAAACGCACGUAGCAAUGGAAACCAUUUCUCGAGAAACGCACGUAGCAAUGGAAACCAUUUCUCGAGAAACGCACGUAGCAAUGGAAACCAUUUCUCGAGAAACGGACGUAGCAAUGGAAACCAUUUCUCGAGAAACGGACGUAGCAAUGGAAACCAUUUCUCGAGAAACGGACGUAGCAAUGGAAACCAUUUCUCGAGAAACAGACGUAGCAAUGGAAACCAUUUCUCGAGAAACGCACGGCAGUAUGAUUGCUAAAGGUAAUACUAAGCAGCAAUCAUGCCAUACCAAGUAG